GAUGCACCCACUGGGCCUAUGUAAUAACAAUGACGAAGAGGACUUGUAUGAAUAUGGCUGGGUGGGAGUGGUGAAGCUGGAACAGCCAGAAUUGGACCCGAAGCCAUGCCUCACUGUCCUGGGCAAGUGAGAUGACCAGCGCUCAGAGGAAGGGACAGUUAAGUUAAACAGAUGCACCCACUGGGCCUAUGUAAUAACAAUGACGAAGAGGACUUGUAUGAAUAUGGCUGGGUGGGAGUGGUGAAGCUGGAACAGCCAGAAUUGGACCCGAAGCCAUGCCUCACUGUCCUGGGCAAGGCUAAGCGAGCAGUGCAGCGGGGAGCCACUGCAGUCAUCUUCGAUGUGUCUGAAAACCCAGAAGCUAUCGACCAGCUAAACCAGGGCCAGGAAGACCCGCUCAAGAGGCCCGUGGUGUACGUGAAGGGCGCAGAUGCCAUCAAGCUGAUGAACAUCGUCAACAAGCAGAAAGUGGCUCGAGCCAGGAUUCAGCACCGGCCCCCUCGACAACCCACGGAGUACUUCGACAUGGGGAUUUUUCUGGCUUUCUUUGUCGUGGUCUCCUUGGUCUGCCUCAUCCUCCUCGUCAAAAUCAAGCUGAAACAGAGACGCAGUCAGAAUUCCAUGAACAGGCUGGCUGUGCAGGCGCUGGAGAAGAUGGAGACCAGGAAGUUCAACUCCAAGAACAAGGGGCGCCGGGAGGGGAGCUGUGGGGCCCUGGACACGCUUAGCAGCAGCUCCACGUCCGACUGUGCCAUCUGCCUUGAGAAGUACAUCGACGGAGAGGAGCUGCGGGUUAUCCCCUGCACUCACCGCUUUCACAGGAAGUGCGUGGACCCAUGGCUGCUGCAGCACCACACCUGCCCCCAUUGUCGGCACAACAUCAUAGAGCAAAAGGGGAACCCAAGCGCUGUUUGCGUGGAGACCGGCAACCUCGCACGCAGCCGGCAGCAGAGGGUGAUCUUGCCGGUGCACUACCCCGGCCGCGUGCACAGGACCAACGCCAUCCCAGCCUACCCCACGAGGACGAGCAUGGACUCCCACGGGAACCCCGUCACCCUGCUGACCAUGGACCGGCACGGGGAGCAGAGCCUCUAUGCACCACAGACCCCUGCCUACAUCCGAGGCUACCCGCCCCUCCACCAGGACCACACCCUGGCCCCUCACCGCUGCGGCCUGGAGCACCGAGCCUACUCCCCGGCGCCCCCCUUCCGCAGGCCCAAGUUCAGCGGCCGCAGCUUCUCCAAGGCAGCUUGCUUCUCCCAGUAUGAGACCAUGUACCAACACUACUACUUCCAGGGCCUCAGCUACCCUGAGCAGGAGGGCCAGGCCCCCCCCGGCCUCGUGCCCAGGGGCCCGGCCCGUGCCUUCCCCCCGAGUGGCGGCGGCAGCCUGCUCUUCCCCACCGUGGUGCACAUGGCCGCGCCCUCCCACCUGGAGAGCGGCAGCACGUCCAGCUUCAGCUGCUACCACGGCCACCGCUCCGUGUGCAGUGGCUACCUGGCCGACUGCCCCGGCAGCGACAGCAGCAGCAGCAGCUCCGGCCAGUGCCACUGCUCCUCCAGCGACUCGGUGGUGGACUGCACUGAGGUCAGCAAUCAGGGCGUGUACGGGAGCUGCUCCACCUUCCGCAGCUCUCUCAGCAGCGACUACGACCCCUUCAUCUAUCGCAGCCGGAGCCCCUGUCGCGCCAGCGACGUGGGGGGCUCGGGCGGCUCGGGCCGGGGGCCGGUCGUGCACCUCGAGGGCUCCCCGCCACCCGAGGAGCUCCCGGUGGCCCACGGUCAAGGUGCUGGGCGGGGAGAGCCUUGGCUGGGCCCUGCCUCUCCCUCGGGGGACCAGCUCUCCACCUGCAGCCUGGAGAUGAACUACAGCAGCAACUCCUCCCUGGAGCACAGGGGGCCCAACAGCUCUACCUCAGAAGUGGGGCUCGAGGCUUCCGGGGCCACCCCAGACCUCAGGAGGACCUGGAAGGGGAGCCGCGAGGGGCCAUCGUGCGCCUGCUGCUGCGAGCCCCAGCCCUCUGCACUGGAGCCCAGCGGGGGAGCGGCUGGGGGCAGCACCUUAUUCCUGGGCGCCCCCCUCUGUGAGGGCUGUGGCCCCACAGGUGCGGAGUCCCAGCCGGGAGGCUCCCAGGGCCUGUGUGGCCUUCACCCAGACCAUUUGCCCAGGACAGACGGGGUGAAAUAUGAGGGCCUGCCCUGCUGCUUCUAUGAAGAGAAGCAGGUGGCCCACGGCAGCGGAGGGGGCAGCGGCUGCUACACUGAGGACUGCUCGGUGAGCGUGCAGUACACGCUUGCCCAAGAGCCCCCGCCCAGCUGCCACCCGGGGGCCCGGGACUUGAGCCAGCGCAUCCCCAUCAUUCCAGAGGAUGUGGACUGUGACUUGGGCCUGCCCUCGGACUGCCCAGGGACCCGUGGCCUCGGCCCCUGGGGUGGGACGCUGGGCCCCCACACCCUGCAGCCCCACAGGAGCCUGGGAGCAGCCCAGGAAGAAGAGCGGGUUCUGUGCUGCCAGCCCAGGGCACCACUGCCACCCGUCCGCCCCCCGGAGGAGGCAGGGGCCGCCAGGGCCAGCUUCCCCAGUGCCUCCCAGGACACUCAGGAGUCCAGCGCCACGGCCGCUGAGGCUGCAGGUGAGAGGCCUCGCCCAGCAGACAGCGGCGGCUCGGGAGCCUGAGCCCGGAAGGAACUCUGUGGAAAUGGGAACUGUACGGAGACUCCAAACUCUGACUUCUUCAGA